UUGAUAUCUUUACAGCUGGCUUCCUCCGAAGACUAUGGUAGAGAUCUGGAAGACUGUGUCCAGCUCACUGAGAAGUUUGAAACUGUCGUUCGUGAACUGGCUGCUGCUGGUGAACGUGUAGCUGCUGUGCAGCGGGCACAGGAAGAGCUACUCAGAAGUGGACAUCCAUAUGCGGCAUCAAUUCGCGCUAAAGGAACUGACCUACAAAGCCUGUGGACAUCCGUGAAUGAAGCGGCCACUGAACGACAGCAAGCUUUAGCUGGUGCUCGCCAAGUGCACAGAUUUGAUCAAGAGGCUGACGAAACCCUCAACUGGCUUCAGGACAAAGAGGCAACUGGCGUUGCAAUGGAGAACGAGGAUUUGGCCCAUGCCGAUCUUGCCACAAUAAAGGUUCAAAUGCAACGCCAUGAGGAAUUCGUUCACGGAAUGCGAGCUGUGGAGAAGCAGGUGGCUGAACUCUGCCGUGAAGCUGAGAGGCUAUGGACAGCAUUCCCUAACACCCGUGAGCACCUUGAAGUGCGUAAGAUGGAUAUGGAGGAACAACUGAAGGAUAUCCUGGAAGGAACGAGAAGACAUCAUGAACGACUUCAACAAAUGGAAAGCCUUCAAGCGUACUUCCAGGAAUACCGUGAACUAAUGCAAUGGAUGAAGAGAAUGCAGACAGUGAUGACAUCCGAGCAGCUUCCACGUGACGUCAUUGGCUGUGAAGCUUUGGCACGGCGCCAUGAUGAGUAUAACCUUGAGAUGCAAGGACGUAAGCCUCACAUUGACGAGUUCACCCGUCAGGGUAAACAUAUGAUCCAGGGAGGACAUGUUUUGUCCGCGGAAAUCAAUGAAAAGGUAUGUUAUUCGUAG